AUGGGGAGGUUGUUUAUUGUUCAUCUUGAAGGGAAGAUCUAUAGCUGUAAACACUGUAGAACUCCUCUUGCUGUUUCUGAAGAUAUCGUUUCAAAGGCUUUCCACAGCAGACAUGGGAAAGCUUAUCUCUUUCGGAAGGUUGCAAAUGUUACUAUUGGAGAAAAGGAGGACAGACCUAUGAUCACUGGGAUGCAUACCGUGGCUGACAUUUUCUGUGUUGGUUGUGGGUCAGUUGUGGGUUGGACAUAUAUCACUGCUCAUGAAAAGAGCCAGAAAUACAAAGAAGGAAAAUCUGUUAUUGAACGGUUCAAAGUAUUAGGUCCUGACGGCAGUAAUUAUUGGGGCAGCCAUGAAGCACAUGGUGGAAGUGAUGCAGAUGAUGCUUAA